GCCACAAUGACCUCAGCCCCUGCCACCAAUGGGGUGUUUGUGGUCAUCCCCCCAAAUAAUGCCAGUGGUAUCCGGCCAGGCCCAGCGAUGCUGCCCAGGACCCUGUGCCAGUCUCCGGGGACAUUGCAGUUUGAGGAUCCACCACUAGGGUCACAGCCUCCUGGGAAUGUGCCCCAUCAGAGACUUCCACCAGGUGAAACAUUCCUGAAUGGGGAGCCCAAGGCCUUAGGGACGGUCCAGAUCUUGAUCGGCCUCAUCUACAUCAGCUUCGGCAGCGUCCUGCUGAUGUUUCGGAGGGGCUACAUCGGCAUGUUGUUCAUCGAUGGAGGGAUCCCCUUCUGGGGAGGGGUGUGUUUCGUCAUCUCCGGAUCCCUCUCAGUGGCUGCAGAAAAGCAUCACACUAAUUGUCUGGUCAAGAGCAGCCUAGGGAUGAACAUCAUCAACAUUAUCGCUUCCUUUGCUGCCACGGCAAUCCUGCUGAUGGACUUUGGGGUGACUAACUGGGAUGUGGGCCGGGGCUAUCUGGCCGUGCUGACCAUCUUCACCAUCCUGGAGUUCUUCAUUGCCGUUAUCGCCACCUAUUUCGGGUGCCAGGCAACCCGCUCCAACACCAAUACAUCCAUGGUUUUCCUGCCAAAUGCCUUCAGCACAGACUUCAACAUCCCCAGCCCAGCAGCUACCCCACCCCCAGCUUAUGACAACGUGGCCUACACUUCCAAGGAAACCUCGGAGUAG